GAUCUUCACCGUCCACUAUUUUGAACCCCAUCAGCAUCACAAAUCUGGGCAAAUCAACGGUCCAGGUUAAAAUACUAUAUCCAGCAGAAAACCGAAAAGCCACCGCUCAUCGAACCGUCACUCUCUGCGUUCUGCAACUUCUUCACCAUCAGCAUUUCAGCAGCCGAGAAAAUCCACAGCCAAAUUAUCCAAAAGGGCCUCUCCUUUUGCCUCUCUGGAAUUCUGGGUUUCGUCCGAGUCGCGCAAAAGCUGAGUAGGAGGGUUUUCUGAGGGAAGUUUUGGGCUGAGUAGGAGUCUUUGAAUCUAUGGAGGCUUAUAAGACAUGGGUUAGGGAGAACAGGGACUAUGUGCACUCCUUGGAGUCUCUGGCCAAUGGGCUCACGUGGCUUCUACCUGAACGGUUUUCUGAAUCGGAGAUAGGACCAGAAGCAGUAACUACUCUGUUGGGAAUAACAACUGCUAUCAAUGAACAUAUAAUUGCUACAUCUCCUACUUCAAUGCAUGUUGGCUCUACUGAGGGUUACUCUUUUCCGUAUGCGUUGUGUAUAUCUGCACUGAAAGAUUUGGAAACAUUGGUUGAAGUUGUGGGUCAACAGUAUUUUGGUGAUGAAAAAAAAUGGAAUUUCAUUGCUAUUACGGAGGCUAUGAAGGUGCUAGUUAGGUUAGCUUUGUUCCGGAAUAAUGGAUAUAAGAUGCUGCUGCAUGGUGGAGAGACACCAAAUGAUGAAAUGCAUGUGGAAGCUUCAACUCCUCAACGUAACAUAGGUGGUUUUACGAAGCCUGGAUUGCAGCUUGGGCCUGGUUACUUAAGAAAUAAUCAUGGACAGUACUCAUGGAAUUUAGAAGGAAGAGCACUAUCCACAUUGAAUAGAUUUGGAGAAAAUGCUAGGAUGGUUUCGGAACCAGUAUGGUUACGUAGGGUUCAACACCAGCAAGCAAUUAUGGAGCCUCCAACUCCAUUGGUUGAGAAGUUGACCCUAUCCACCUUAUUGUCCAAAAAAAGUCUUCGAGGGGCUUUUUAUGUGUUUGGGGAAGCUCUAUUUAUAACAAGACCACUUAUCUAUGUGUUAUUUAUUCGAAAGUAUGGAGUUCGCUCAUGGAUUCCUUGGUUUCUUUCUCUGGCUGUUGACUUCACUGGGAUGGGCAUUCUUUCACGAAUUGAAUCAUCCAGGGAUGGUACAAAAGAGCAGCACUUUCAUCUUUCUGUCGCUGAAAAGAACGAGGUUAAAAGACGAAAGCUGUUAUGGGCACUGUACCUCAUGAGAGAUCCAUUUUUUAGCAAGUAUACCAGGCAAAAACUCGAAAGCGCGGAGAAAGUGUUGGAACCUGUACCUAUUGUUGGGUUUCUAACAGCCAAACUUGUCGAGCUUCUUAUCGGAGCUCAGACAAGGUAUACCUACAUGUCGGGAUCAUAAGACGGGUGCCGCAAGUAGUAAUACUUGUUACAGUUUGACAUUUCUUGUAGGUAAACAUGUAUUUUGUUGUGUUUCUUAAAUACCGACGAAUGUGUCAUUUGGCUGUAUCAAGUGUGUUACGGUUAUAGUUCAAACUUGGCUCGAUUGAAAGA